CAUAAAUUUAUUAAAAAACGUUUGUUUAUUUGGACCCGAAUCGGUUUUAAGAAGGAUAUUCCACACUAAGGAAAAAUGUCAAAGGAUAAGAACGGCCCAAAGUCGGCGGGGCAGCCACCGUUGUAUGCCGGAUGCCAGCGCCUGGAGGAUGUCACAAUCUACGACUGGAUGCGAAACAAAAACUGCAAGACCACAAACUACCAGCCCGCGGAGACAUAUCCCAACAUCCGUCCACCUAUUUCGAGGUGCACCCAGCAGAAAACCCUGGAGUGGAUGUCGGACAGCAUGGAGGCCGCUGGUUGUGGGCCGCUCAUCGACACGGAGAGGGACGAUGUGUUGGAAGCUUGGACACGCAGUCCCAACAAGGAAAGCCUCGGCUGGUACGGCAUCGGCGCUGAAAUGCGGCAUCCCGAGGCGCUGCUCUUCAACCAGGCCCUGACCAAGAGCCUUCUGGCUGCCAGCGGCGUGAAACCAAAGCCCCCGAUGCCACAGCCCGCGCCCGAAAAGAAACCGAUGGAGCCGCCGAGUGGCUCCUAUGUGCUGAAUCGAGAGUGCCUCCGCUCGCAUCUGGAGAGGAUGCCCACCGUCAGGCGGAAGCUGUCGCCCAGUUACGCCUUCACAUGGCUGCAUUGUCCGCCCCGGGAUCCCCAGAGCCCGCCUUUCGAAGACGAACGCGGGCCCCCGAUUCCCUUGUCCAGCGCCUUGGGGAUGAAGCGGACCCCGAAGAAGCAGAAGCACCGCCUGCGUCAUCGGGUGUGUCAUUUAUCCUGCGAUCGGCCGCAGAACAAGUGCACGGACUACGAGUGGAAGAAGUACAAGGAGGACCCACGCGCGAUCGACGAGGCCUUCAAGCGGGAGCAAGAGGCGGCGCAGCCAUCGGUCGAGGAGGAGCCCAAGGACUACGACGAGCUGUACGGGCGGUUGCUCUGCUGCUUUGAGCAGAAUCCCGAGCAGAACGAGAUGUGCCAAGGGUUCGAGAAGUGCUGCAAGGCUCCGGGUGAUCCCCCGACCCAAGGAUGCGGCGAAAUGGUGCCCGACGGAGCCGACGGCGGAGCCGGGGGUAAGUCUGAUGGAGAUGGCCGAGGCGGUAAAAGUGGCGAUGGCAAGGAUGGCAAAGGCAAGGAUGGCGAUGGCAAGGAUGGUGAUGGCAAGGAUGGUGAUGGUUAUGGAGAUGGACAUGGAGAUGGAGAGGGUGGCGAAAGGAAGAGCAGACGAGGGGAUGGGAAGAGGGGAGGUCGAGGCGACGGAAAGUACGGUGACGGGAAGGGUGGAGACGGAGAUGGAAAAGGUGGCGGGGACGGUGACGGAGGAAAGGGCGGCCCAGGCGGAAAAGGUGGCCCAGGUGGAAAAGACGGUCCGGGCGGAAAAGGCGGCCUAGGUGGAAAAGACGGUCCAGACGGAAAAGGCGGCCAAGGUGGAAAAGACGGUCCAGGCGGAAAAGGCGGCCCAGGUGGAAAAGACGGUCCAGGCGGAGACGGCGGCCCAGGCGGAAAAGGCGGAAAGGGGGGCAAGGAUGGAGAUGGAAAAGACGGCGAUGGCAAAGGUGGAAAGGGAGGUGACGGCAAGGACGGAAAGGGCAAGGGAGACAAAGACUCUGAUCGGAAAGGCCAUGACGGGAAGGACAAGGACCAUGACAAGGACAAGGGAACGGGACACGGUUUGAAGGGCGACCUCAGUGAUGGCAAGCUGAAAGAUGGCCAUGGCACCGGCCACAAGUACAAAACAAGUGAAUUUAGUGACAGCGACGACGAAGCCGAGAGACUGAGAAAAGGCCGCCGUACCCCGGGGAUGCGAUCGACGACCGGCUCACGCAGAGACCUUCACGGCGAUGGAACGGACGGAGGUGGCCAUGUCGGUGAUGGAACGGAUGGCAAAGACGGCCGCGGUCAUGGGGAUGGCACUGGUGAUGGGACUGGCGAUGGAACCGAUGGCAAGGAUAAGAAUAAGGGCGAUGGCAAGGGCAAGGGCAAAGGCAAGAAAGACAAGGCAAGGAUAGGCGAUGGCGAUGGCAAGGACGGCAACAAGGACUGCCCCUGCGAGCUGUGCAACUACUGCCAAAAGGAGGAGGACACCCCCCUCAUCCGCGAGAUGCGAAUUCGCGAGAAGAAGCGCCAGCAGUGGGAAUACCUCCAGCAGAUGCGCCACCGCCAGUAUCUCGAGUGCCGCGAUGCCGAGUACCGUGCCCCGCAGCACAAGUGCGACCCGAUUGUCUGCUGCGAUCGCUUCUGCCGCAACCCCAAUCUGCAGGACCACAUGUCUACGAUCGAUGCCCUGCAACAGCUGCAGAAGCAGCUUCUGCGGUGCAAUCGCCGGAAUCGCGGGUCAUCUUCGCGAAUCUACAAGUCUCUGGAGAAGCUGAAGACGAAACUGUGCACCGCCUUUGAGAUGCCACAGAGAUGUUAAGAAAAGGAUCUAUUCCCCGAGACCUCUCUGUAUAUCCCCCAAGAUCUGUGUGCGUUCGAGCCAUUCUGGGGACCCCUGUCUGUUUCAAUAUCUGUAUAAGCUGGAUAUGGAGGUAGGAGAUCUGUAUAAGCCCGUAUGCAAUAUGUUCCUAUUCUGCAAUGGACCGCAAAGGACAAGGCAGAUAUCAAUGGAUUGUAUCAUUUUAUACUCUUCUUCCUUCUUCCAUUCUUGUAAUCAUCCAGCCAUCUGUUUAUUUGUAACAACCAUGGAAUAUCCAUAAAGAUGAGAUCUUUUUAA